CCUCCUCCCACGCUGCCUUCAAGCCUCCGGCGUCGUGACGUUGCGUACUCCCGGGCCUGGUCUCCUCCCACUUUCUUUCCUUCUUGAGAAGCUCGGCCCUGACUUGGGAGGACCUUUUACGACACCGGAUCUCGGAGUUGUCUCGGCGCCGGGGCCACUUUUCGGCCAAGUGACGUGGACGUCAACAGCAAUGGCGGAAGGAGAAGAGGUCCUGACGCUGCCAACGUCGAGCGGCGACGGCUGGGAAAAAGACCUUGAAGAAGCUCUGGAAGCAGGAGGUUGUGAUCUUGAAACUCUGAGAAAUAUCAUUCAAGGAAGACCACUGCCUGUUUAUCUGAGGGCCAAAGUUUGGAAGAUUGCACUAAAUGUUGCAGGAAAAGGCGAUAGUUUGGCAUCAUGGGAUGGUGUUUUAGAUUUGCCAGAACAGAAUGUUAUUCACAAAGAUUGUUUAGAAUUUAUUGGCCACCUUUCAGUGCCAGAAGAAAAAGCAGCAGAAUUACGUUUGGAUAUUGAAUCUGUAAUUACCUUUUAUUGUAAAUCACGUAAUAUAAAAUAUAGCACAUCUCUUAGCUGGAUACAUCUACUAAAACCAUUGGUGCAUCUUCAACUGUCACGCAGUGAUUUAUACAACUGCUUUUAUGCUAUCAUGAAUAAGUACAUUCCCAGGGAUUGUUUGCUGAAAGGGAGACCAUUUCAUCUUUUCCGGUUACUCAUCCAGUACCAUGAGCCUGAGCUUUGUUCUUUUCUUGAUACAAAGAAAAUUACUCCAGACUCCUAUGCACUCAACUGGCUUGGAAGUCUUUUUGCAUGUUACUGCCCCAUUGAAGUCACUCAGGCAAUAUGGGAUGGAUAUCUACAACAAGCAGAUCCAUUUUUUAUUUAUUUCUUAAUGUUAAUAAUUCUUGUUAAUUCAAAAGAAGUUAUUUUGGCUCAGGAGUCUGACAGUAAAGAAGAUGUUAUCCAGUUCUUGGAAAAUACACCCUCCAGUUUGAAUCUAGAAGAUAUAGAAGACCUUUUCUCUCUGGCACAGUAUUAUUGCAGUAAAACACCAGCUUCCUUUAGGAAGGAUAAUCACCACCUAUUUGGUAGUACUUUGUUAGGAAUUAAGGAUGAUGAUGCAGAUCUGAGUCAGGCUCUUUGUCUGGCUAUCUCAGUGUCAGAGAUCCUUCAAGCAAAUCAACUGCAAGGGGAAGGAGUCCGAUUCUUUGUGGUGGAUUGUCGUCCUGCUGAACAGUAUAAUGCUGGACAUUUAUCAACUGCCUUCCACUUAGAUUCAGAUCUGAUGUUGCAGAAUCCAUCUGAGUUUGCACAGUCAGUAAAAUCUUUGCUGGAAGCACAGAAGCAGUCCAUAGAGUCUGGCUCUAUUGCUGGUGGAGAGCACCUGUGUUUUAUGGGUAGUGGCAGAGAGGAAGAAGACAUGUAUAUGAACAUGGUCCUGGCACAUUUUUUACAGAAAAACAAAGAAUAUGUGAGCAUUGCCAGUGGAGGAUUUAUGGCACUGCAGCAGCACUUAGCAGACAUUAAUGUGGAUGGACCUGAAAAUGGAUAUGGCCAUUGGAUUGCUAGUACCUCAGGCUCAAGAAGUAGUAUCAAUUCUUCUGUUGAUGGUGAAUCUUCAAAUGGCUCAAAUGAUAGAGGAAUGAAAUCACUAGUCAGUAAAAUGACUGUUGCUUUGAAGACAAAAUCUGUUAAUGUCAGGGAAAAAGUUAUCAGUUUUAUUGAGAAUACAUCAACUCCUGUGGACCGAAUGUCUUUCAAUCUUCCUUGGCCAGACAGAACAUGUACAGAGCGGCAUGUGAGCAGCAGUGACAGAGUGGGCAAACCUUACCGUGGUGUAAAGCCUGUUUUUAGCAUUGGAGAUGAAGAAGAAUAUGAUACAGAUGAAAUUGACAGUUCUUCAAUGUCAGAUGAUGAUAGAAAAGAGGUUGUAAAUAUUCAGACUUGGAUAAACAAGCCAGACAUCAAACAUCAUUUUCCCUGUAAAGAAGUGAAAGAAAGUGGACACAUGUUUCCCAGUCAUCUAUUGGUUACAGCAACACACAUGUAUUGUUUAAGGGAGAUUCUUUCACGGAAAGGCUUGGCUUAUAUACAGUCUCGACAAGCCCUAAAUUCUGUAGUUAAAAUUACAUCCAAAAAAAAACAUCCUGAGCUAAUUACCUUCAAGUAUGGAAACAGCAGUGCUUCAGGAAUAGAAAUCUUGGCAAUCGAAAGGUAUUUGAUUCCAAAUGCAGGAGAUGCAACCAAAGCCAUAAAACAACAGAUCAUGAAAGUUUUGGAUGCUUUGGAGAGUUAAUAUAAAAGAAAAUUAUUUUAAAAGUAAUUAAGGAAAACAAGAGAAGAAACAUGGACAUAUUUUCCUGACUGAAUACUAACUGGAGACCUUUCAUUUGCUUAUGGGGGGUGCUUGAAUAGCAGGUCUAAGAAGGUGUAAAUUAUUAUAAUCAAUCUCUGGACAGUUAAAUUUUUUAAAAAAAUUUUUUUUUUUGCAUUUUUGGUUUUAUAUAAUGAUUUACUAUAAAGGUCAGUUAUUAAAUAACUUUAAAGUAACUGACCUUGUGCCCUUAUGAACUAAGGGUACAGAAUGCAGUUCUGUUUUGAAGAGCUGUUUUAAGGGCAUAUGCAUCACUUUCAGAUUUAAAAAAACAACCAUAUACUUAUAUUUUUGCAAUGUCUUCACUGAAACAUAGAAUUAGUUGAAGAGACCCCUUUGAUUGCUAUAUUAAGUUUUACACACUCAGCAGUAUCAGAAACUAAAAAGUAUUACAUAGAUUAACGAUUAGCUGUUUUUAAAAAGUAAAAUCAUUUUAAUAAAAUGGAUGAAGAUUCCAACAAACUCAGAAUGUACCCAACUAAUGAAAUGGUGAACAUGAAUUUCUAACUCAUUUUUGCAACAUAUACUAAUAAUAAUUUAAGCAUUGAGUGCUUUCACUACUAACCUUCAUCAUAAUUGUUCCUAAAGAGUAGUUAAAAGCAUUAUAGUAAGUAGGUGGGCAUGAGAGUAAAAUGAUUAUUUUGGGGACAGAAUUGAAUUCGUAAAAACAUCAUUGGUCUUUAUUAUAAGUGAAAUAUUUGACUUAGGAUAUUUCAGAACAAGUGUUGAGCACAUAUUUAUGUAUCCAGACCUUGAGAUUAUGGUCUGUGAGCACACUGAUAUCCACUUAAAUAAAAACCAAAUAAUUAGCUAUAUAAACUAAUUGUUUCUAUCACUACUUUCUGAAAAUUCUCUCUUGAUUUUUGUCUUCUAAAGUUCCAUUGACUUGAAACUAUUUUUAUUCUCAAAAGUAAUCUUUCUUUUGCAUUUUCUCAGCUUAAUUGAGAAUUCUGUAUUACACAUACUUCAUAAAAGAAAUUUGGGAAUACAUUUGGGGCCAUUGGAUGACUUCUUGUAAAAUUUUAUUUGGGAAAUUGCAAAUCCUCACUCUCUGCCAUGUCCGAAAAUGUAAUGGAUUUUCUCUUAAGGGGUUGAUAGAAGAAAUAUUUAGAUUUAUCUUAUUUACAGGCAAUUCUUUUAAUAUACUUAAUGAAAAUCAAGUGAACAAAAAGCAACAUAGUUAAGGAUAUUUUAUUCUAAUAUCUAAAUUUAUUAUAAUACCUAAAUAAAAAGUUUACUUGAGUGGUUGAAGACAUUUGCAUGGAAUUGCACCUGGUGCAGUACUUGUUAUUUAUAACUCUCCUCUACACCUCUUGUAUUGUGUUUUUCCUUUUCUUAGCAUCCGCUUUAGAAAAUGUCCUGAAGUCUCUCUCUCUUUACCCAUCUCAGUUAUGGGACUCUUUUUCAUAAUAUUAAUGUAAAGAUGUUUGUGUUACAGUUUAUAAAUUACAAUUGUAAAUAAACCAGUACAGUUUGC